AUGCCGCAGAUGGCCGCGCCAGAGGUCGAUGGCGUAGACGCGCGGCGCUGCCGGAUGCUCAACGAGGCGCCCCUCCGUGAAUCUGGGGCCGUUGUCUACUGGAUGUCGAGGGACCAGCGCUGCGAGGACAACUGGGCCCUCGUGUACGCCCGGCUGCUGGCCGUGAGGCGCCGGGCCCCCGUGCACGUGGUCUUCUGCCUCGUGCCCCGGUUCUUGGAUGCGACGAUCCGCCAGUUUGACUUCAUGCUCAAGGGGCUCCGAGAGGUGGAGGCGGGCCUGAGGGACAGCGGCAUACCCUUCCACCUGCACCUGGGCAAGGCCGCCGACCACGUGCCACCGCUCUGCGAGAGGCUCGGCGCCACGGCGGUCGUGUGCGACAUGUCGCCCCUGCGCGUGCCGGCCCAGUGGGCGAGCGAGGUGGCGAGCGCCUGCGGCGACAAGGGCAUAUCGCUCAUCCAGGUGGACGCUCACAAUGUCGUGCCAGUGUGGGCCGCUUCUGACAAGCAGGAGUAUGCGGCGCGGACGAUCCGGAAGAAGAUCAUGCUGCCGCUGCAGGUGUACCUCAGUGAGUUCCCCGUGCUGGAGAAGCACGCCCAGGCCCCGGCGGAGUGGCCGAAGGCGGUCGACUGGGGCGCUGCAGAGAGCUCCUUGGAGGUGGAUCGCACCGUCCAGCCCGUUGCUGGCAUCACGCCUGGGAGCAAGGCUGGCAGGGCAAAGCUGGAGGAGUUCGUGGCGGAGCGGCUGAAGCGCUUCGACGCCUCCCGGAACGACCCCAACGUCGACGCGCUCUCGGGCCUGUCCCCGUACCUGCACUUCGGGCAGCUGGCCCCCCAGAGGUGUGCCCUCAGAGUCCGCGAGGCGGCUGCGGCCGAUGCGGCCCUGGAGAAGGCGGCCGAGGGCUUCAUAGAGGAGGCAGUGGUCCGCCGGGAGUUGGCCGACAAUUUCUGUUUCUACAACGAGCGGUACGACGCCCUCGAGGGUGCCCCGUCGUGGGCCCAGCAGACGCUGAUAGACCACGAGGGCGACAAGCGGGAGCACACGUACUCGCUCGAGGAGAGCUCGAGGGCGCCCGCACCCACGACGACCUCUGGAGACCAAUUCCGGAACGCGGCCCAGCUGCAGAUGGUCCGAGAGGGCAAGAUGCACGGGUUCCUGCGGAUGUACUGGGCGAAAAAGAUCGAUUCUGGAGUGGACAGCCAGUCCCCGGGAUGCGCUGGCGAUUGCGAUCAGGCUCAGCAGGAAGAACCAACGGCAACACAAAACAUGCUGUCGUAG